AUGAAGAGCUGGUGCUUUAGGCGCGAUAUCUCAUCGAAGAUUCGUUUACGAUUUCCGACGGUUAAAAGUCUCAUCGAUGCCGGAUUGCUUACACAAAAGGAAUACGAAGCUCUUGAAAGCAUGCAUGAAGAGUGUAGGACAAUUCGUUGGAUGGCUCCUCUUCACUGGAUUCAACAGAUCAUGCGCAAAGAAGAAGAGGAAAACAAGCCGACGGCGGCUCUUCUGAAUAAUUUCUUGACUGAGCUAAAACUCUAUCGGCAGUCUUUACGUAAACUAUUUUGCUACGAUUGGGUUUGUGUGCCGCUGGUUUAUACCCAGGUGGCCGCACUGGCAACGUAUGCGUGUUUCUUUUUCGCUUUGUUUGGUCGCCAAAACCUCAUUCCGGAGUUAAAAGCGGGAAAGGAAAUCGAUCUUAUCAUUCCGAUCUUCACAAUCGUUCAAUUUAUGUUUUUCGUUGGAUGGUUCAAGGUCGGUCAGGACUUAAUGCGUCCAUUUGGUCUCGACGACGAUGACAUUGAGCUGAAUUAUAUCCUCGAUAGGAACUUUGCCACGUCAUUUGCUAUCACAAUGCCAUUCAAUUGGAGCUUCGAGUAG